AUGGGUGCCACCGCAAGGGGAAGGGAGAUGAUAUGCAUCAUCUCGGUGCUCGUUGGUCUGUCGCUCAUUUGUGUCAUUAUGCGUGUCCUCGCUCGGGUUAAGCGAAGAGUGCCUUUUGGAAUGGAUGAUUAUCUCUGCUUUCUCUCCAUCACUCUGCUGCUUGCGAUGCUUAUCGAAUUGAUUCUAUGGUGUACCAUCGGUGGUGAUGGAGCACACAAAGACAGCCUGGAUAUGGAGACCCUGAUGAACUUCAGCAAGAUCUUCCUUGCAAACCAGUUCACCUACUUCAUUCUCUGCCCCGCCAUCAAAAUCUCCAUCAUCUGCUUCUACCGUCGACUCUUCUCUACUCGCACCUUUCAAUGGGCAACACUCGGCCUCAACACUCUGAUCGCCACCUGGGGAGUCGGUAUCUUCCUUGCAUGUGCUCUGCAAUGUCGCCCUCUCAAAGGUUACUGGGACAAGAGCAUCGACGGCCACUGCUUCAACCAGAACACCUUCUUCAUCGUCAACCAGGUCUUCAACAUCCUCAUGGACUUUAUCAUUCUGGGCCUGCCCAUUCCCAUGAUCUGGAACCUGCAGCGUGCCUGGCAGGAUAAACUCGCCCUGAACGGCGUCUUCGCCCUCGGUGCCUUUGUCUGCUUCGCCAGUAUCUACCGUGUCGUCGUGCUCUUCUGGAUCAGCGACAGCGACCCCACCUACACCGUCUACCAGGCCACUCUCUGGACACACAUCGAGCCCGCCAUCGGCCUCAUCUGCUCCUGUCUCCCCGUCAUCCGCGGUCUUUUCCCCAAAAUCAAAUUGACCCCGACUCGCAAGUACGCCACCGCUCCUUACUAUAUCAACACCGACGUCAGCACCUCGCACUUUGCCGUCUCCAGUCCCAAGUCGCCUGCUUCCGAGUAUUAUAAGAUGGAGGAUGGUCUGGUUUCUCGUGGAAGCGACAAGGAUUCAACUACCAAACCUACUCAUCUGGGUCCAAUGGACAUUACCAUCCGCACGGAUAUCGACGUUACCCAAGACGCCGCUUCGAUGAGAUCUAUGAGAUCUCACACUUGA